AUGGAACAGGAACAACCAUACAUACAGAACGAUGGCUCUCGGCAACCCCAGGAUCCGGGACGCCAGAGUCAAAGCCCUGAGGCGAGUGUCAGUGCGAUUUCAGCGUCCCCGGAUCAACUCGGCAAUGAUGGGGGGCCUCCCAAGGUUGGGACUCGCUUUUCCUCCAGGUCCGUGAGGAUCCUUCGCAAUUGGUUUGCGGAUCACGAAAGCCAUCCAUACCCAUCCCCCAAGGACGUCGAGAUGCUUCAAAGUCAGACCGGUCUUUCCGGACAGCAAAUCACUAAUUGGUUGGCCAAUUUUCGACGACGCUACAAGUUCCGAGCCUUGCGUCCAAUGUCGCUCGAUAUUCGCAACUGGGCGGAACCCUCAUCCAGUAGUCAAGGGGCAAUGGCCAUCCCGCCGAGGCGUCCGACGCCCGUUCCAAUGGAGCACAUGAACCCCUUGCAGCGCUGGGAGAACUCACCACCCCAGCAUGAGGCGGCGACCGUGUCUGACAUUUCCCGGGCCGUCGCUGCAUCAGUCAGAUCCCCUUCAGCUUUGGUUCCAGCACGACCGCGCACGUCCGAGUGGUCGGGGAGGUCAACAGGGACUGCAUCAUCUGUCAGCAGUGCAGGGACGUCUUGCUCCAGCAGGGGCUCUGGAUCGGCCUCCUCCCAUGUGUCUCAAACUUCUCUGGAGUACCUGAAGCGCAGCACCAGCCGCAGGAGGCGCGGUACGACACAUCGGCGACAGAGAGGAAACUGGUUGAACCGCUUUCAGGCAUCCGGCCGUUACCAGUGCACAUUUUGCACUGAAUCAUUCAAGACCAAGUACGACUGGGAGCGCCACGAAAAGUCGCUUCACCUAUCACUGGAGACGUGGGUUUGCUCACCCAAUGGAUCGGUAGAGACAGACCUCGACAAAGGCGUGCUCUGCGUCUACUGUGGUGAUGCCAACCCGGAUCAGGGUCACCUAAAAAAGCACAAUAGCGCUGCCUGCCUAGAGCGGCCAUUUGAAGAGAGGACAUUUUACCGGAAGGAUCACCUUCGACAACACCUAAAGUUGGUACAUGGUGCCAAGUACAUCAAGUGGCCUAUGGAGACAUGGAGAACAGCGAUUGAGGACAUCCACUCCCGAUGUGGUUUCUGUGGCAUUGAGAUGGAGUCGUGGAGUAGCAGGACUGAUCACUUGGCCUCGCAUUUUAAAGACGGUCGUACUAUGGCGGACUGGAUGGGUGACUGGGGGUUUGAACCUUCGGUCAUUGAGACGCUAGAUAAUGCCAUACCUCCAUAUCUUAUCCAUUACGAGAAGAAUUCUCCUCUGCCCUUCUCAGCUCUAGCCGGCCCCGCAGACACACCAAGCAGUGCUUACGAACUGAUCAAGUUAGAGUGGGAAUAUUACAUGCGAGGCUACUAUGAUAUUCAUACGGAGGAUCUAUCUCACGAGGAAAUGCAAUAUGAGGCUUGCUCAAUUAUCUUUGGAGCCGAGGCCAUCUCGGAAGACCAUUCAUGUUCCGCUCCGUCAUGGCUGCGCGACCUUUUGAUGGCGAAUCACGACAUCGCCGAACGGGCGCGCAUCCAACCCAUAAAUCAGCUUACCAAGUCUCGCAUGAGCCCACUAAAGAUCAACGGCAAGAAUAAUAUCUUUGAGGGCUGUGAAUUAGAGGGGUCACUC